GGCCAGUUUUCAAAGUCUGUCCGUCUCCCAACUAUUUAUGGGAAGAAUUGGAAGGGGGUGGGGGGGUUCGUUUGAUAAAUCGGCCACUCUUAAUCUUCGCUCUUCAGAGUCCGCGCCAAAGCUUCCUGAUUCGCCUCUGAACAGGGACCGCCCUCCUUCUUCUUCUUCUUCUUUCAUUAAUCUCCCCGGCUAUGGCGGCGGUGCUGUGGUUGCUGGCCGUUACCCUUCUGCCGCUGUGUUAUGGUGGCAGAUUGAGCGUCUCAACUCAGAAGCUUGAGAUUCAGAAUCACUUGAAGCAGCUAAACAAGCCUCCCCUCAAGUCCUUCAACAGCCCUGAUGGAGAUAUAAUUGAUUGCGUCCACAUCUCCAGCCAGCCAGCCUUCGAUCAUCCUUUGCUCAAGAACCACACUGUUCAGAUGAUGCCAAAUUAUCGUCCGCAAGGAGGACUGUUCGGUGACAGCAAGGCGGUGAAACGCAAGUCAUCAAAGCCAAUGACCCAGAUGUGGCACUCGAAUGGACGAUGCCCAAAAGGCACCAUUCCCAUCAGAAGAACACAAGGACAGGAUCUGCUCAGAGCAAGCUCUGUCAAAAGCUAUGGCAAGAAGCAGCAAAGAACCAUCCCCCAGCCUCCAAAGCCUGCUGCUCCUGAACCUAGUUUCAUCAGCCAAAGUGGCCAUCAGCAUGCAAUAGCUUAUGUUGAUAAUGACAAGUACUACGGAGCAAAGGCCACCAUGAAUGUUUGGACUCCAAGAAUUGAGCAACCCAAUGAGUUCAGCUUGUCGCAGGUCUGGAUCUUGGGGGGCUCUUUUGAUUCAGAUCUCAACAGCAUUGAAGCUGGCUGGCAGGUGAGCCCAGAUUUGUACGGAGACAACAACACCAGACUUUUCACCUACUGGACUAGUGAUGCCUAUCAAGCCACUGGCUGCUACAACCUCCUCUGCUCUGGCUUUGUUCAAAUCAGCAAUGAAGUUGCAUUGGGGGCCAGCAUCUCCCCCAUUUCUUCUUAUGAUGCUAACCAGUAUGAUAUCACCAUUCUUGUCUGGAAGGACCCAAAAGAGGGCAACUGGUGGAUGCAAUUUGGGAAGGACCAGGUGCUGGGUUACUGGCCGGCGAUGCUCUUCUCUUACCUCUCCGACAGCGCGUCGGUGGUGGAGUGGGGCGGCGAAGUGGUGAACUCUCAGUCCGACGGCCAGCACACCACCACCCAGAUGGGCAGCGGGCGUUUCCCCGGCGAGGGUUUCGGCAAAUCCAGCUAUUUCCGGAACAUUCAGGUCGUGGACGGCAACAACAAUCUUAGGGUUCCCAAGGACGUUACCACCUUCACCGAGCAAUCCACCUGCUAUGAUGUUCGUCUUGGAAAGAAUGACGAUUGGGGCAGCUUCUUCUACUAUGGCGGCCCCGGUCGAAACCCUGAUUGCCCUUGACCACAUUCGACCCCCCCAACCCCCACAAUAUAAAUAAAACAAAUUAAAAAAACAUGCCUCUUGGUCCUUUUUCGUCCCAAUAUCUCCAUCUCCCUUAUAUUUUCUAUGUGAUGAUUGUUUAUAUGUGAUGAUUGUUUAUACGAUAUGUCACGACACUCAAAUUCGAGAUCUCGACUCGAACUCAAGAUCUCGAAUUUGAGAAUGUUAUCAUUUAUAAUUAGACUACAACUAUAACGGUUGUGCGAUGUCCUUUCCAUAUUAUCCUCGACAUUUCGUUUAGGGUGAAUUAGUACAGUAUAGGAUUGAUUCUUGAAAGCUUGUGUCUUUUCAUUUCAUCAAUUUUUGUUUUUGUUUUUGUUUGUGUUUGAAACUAGAAUUUGUAGAAUAAAACAAAAAUUAAUUUAUGCAUUUUAGUUUAUUGUUAUUUUUUAUGAAAAGCAGUCCAAUUCUAUUAGUACUCUUUGCAUGUGAAGUUGAAAGAAAACGACGCAUCUUAUAUAAUAAUUGUUAGAUUGAUGUAA